AUGGACGUCCACACCCGCUGGAAAGCGCGCAGCCGGCUCCGCCCGGGCGCGCCACUGCUGCUGCCGCCCCCUCCGUCGCUGCUGCUGCUGCUGCUGCUGCUGCUGUGGGCGCCGCCUCCGAGCUGCGCAGCUCAGCCCGCCGAUCUCCUGAAGGUUCUGGAUUUCCACAACCUGCCUGAUGGGGUCACGAAGACCACGGGUUUCUGUGCCACGCGCCGCUCUUCCGCUGGUCCUGACGUGGCCUACCGCGUCACCAAGGACGCCCAACUCAGUGCGCCCACCAAGCAGCUGUACCCCGCGUCUGCCUUCCCUGAGGACUUCUCCAUCCUGACCACGGUGAAGGCCAAGAAGGGCAGCCAGGCCUUCCUGGUGUCCGUCUACAACGAGCAGGGCAUCCAGCAGCUGGGCCUGGAGCUGGGCCGCUCGCCCGUCUUCCUGUACGAGGACCACACCGGGAAGCCGGGGCCGGAGGACUACCCGUUGUUCCGCGGCAUUAACCUGUCGGACGGCAAGUGGCACAGGAUCGCGCUCAGCGUGCACAACAAGAACGUCACCUUGAUCCUGGACUGUAAGAGGAAGAUCACGAGGCCCCUGGACCGCAGUGACCACGCCAUAGUGGACGUCAACGGCAUCAUCGUGUUUGGGACUCGGAUCCUGGACGAGGAAGUGUUUGAGGGGGACAUCCAGCAGCUGCUCUUCGUCGCGGACCACAGGGCAGCCUACGAUUACUGUGAACACUACAGCCCUGACUGCGACACGGCCGUCCCCGACACUCCCCAGUCGCAGGACCCCAACCCGGAUGAAUAUUACCCAGAAGGAGACGGCGAGAGUGAGCCCUACUACUACGAGUACCCCUACUAUGAGGACCCCGACGACCCCGGCAAGGACCCCGCCCCCACCAAGAAGCCGGUGGAGGCCACGGGAGAGACGACAGAGGUCCCCGAGGAGCUGACCCAGCCGCCCACCACGGAGGCCGCUCCAGUGCCCGAGGCUGCCGAGGGCGCCGGGCGGGAGGAGGCCCCGGGCGUCGGGGACUACGACUACGUGCCCGUGGACGACUAUUACACGCCCGCCCCGUACGACGACCUCAGCUACGCAGAGGUCCCCGAGAGCCCGGAGCAGCACCCUGACCGCCGCCCCGAGGCCGAGGCGCCCACCGGCACCCCCGACGCCACCAACUCCUCCAAUCCCGCCCCCGCGGCAGGGAAGGAGGACCCAGAGGGGGAGUUCACAGAGGAGACCAUCAGGAACCUGGACGAGAACUACUACGACCCGUACUAUGACCCCGACUCCACGGCGUCCCCGUCGGAGAUCGGGCCAGGCAUGCCAGCCAACCAGGACACCAUCUUCGAAGGGAUCGGAGGCCCACGGGGUGAGAAGGGGCAGAAAGGGGAGCCAGCCAUCAUUGAGCCGGGCAUGCUCAUCGAGGGCCCCCCUGGCCCUGAAGGCCCCGCCGGUCUCCCAGGACCUCCUGGAACCAUGGGUCCUACUGGCCAAGUGGGGGACCCCGGAGAAAGAGGUCCCCCGGGACGCCCGGGCCUGCCUGGGGCCGACGGCCUGCCAGGGCCCCCGGGCACCAUGCUCAUGCUGCCCUUCCGCUUCGGAGGGGGCGGUGAUGCAGGCUCCAAGGGUCCCAUGGUGUCCGCUCAGGAGUCACAGGCCCAGGCCAUCCUUCAGCAGGCCAGGUUGGCGCUGAGGGGACCUGCUGGCCCGAUGGGUCUCACCGGGAGGCCCGGCCCCAUGGGUCCUCCUGGGAGCGGAGGUCUGAAGGGUGAGCCGGGAGACAUAGGGCCUCAGGGUCCUCGAGGCGUGCAGGGUCCCCCCGGCCCCACAGGGAAGCCUGGGAGACGGGGUCGUGCUGGCAGUGACGGUGCCCGAGGCAUGCCCGGCCAGACAGGCCCCAAGGGUGACCGCGGCUUCGACGGGCUGGCAGGGCUGCCAGGGGAGAAGGGCCACAGGGGCGACCCGGGUCCUUCCGGCCCUCCAGGACCCCCAGGAGAGGACGGAGAGAGGGGCGAUGAUGGAGAAGUCGGACCCAGGGGGCUGCCUGGGGAACCGGGCCCCCGCGGUCUGCUUGGGCCCAAGGGACCCCCCGGCCCUCCUGGACCUCCGGGUGUGACGGGCAUGGACGGCCAGCCAGGGCCAAAAGGAAAUGUGGGUCCUCAAGGAGAACCAGGACCCCCAGGACAGCAGGGUAAUCCCGGGGCUCAGGGUCUCCCAGGCCCCCAGGGCGCCAUCGGUCCUCCAGGAGAGAAGGGUCCACUGGGGAAGCCAGGCCUGCCAGGCAUGCCCGGUGCCGACGGACCCCCGGGCCACCCCGGCAAGGAAGGCCCCCCUGGAGAGAAAGGAGGCCAGGGCCCGCCUGGCCCCCAGGGCCCCAUCGGCUACCCAGGCCCUCGUGGAGUAAAGGGGGCAGACGGCAUCCGAGGCCUGAAGGGCAGCAAGGGCGAGAAGGGAGAAGAUGGCUUCCCGGGAUUCAAAGGCGACAUGGGCAUCAAGGGUGACCGGGGAGAGAUUGGCCCACCCGGUCCCAGAGGAGAAGAUGGGCCCGAGGGCCCGAAGGGUCGUGGUGGCCCCAACGGCGACCCUGGUCCUCUGGGGCCCACCGGGGAGAAGGGAAAGCUCGGCGUGCCAGGAUUACCAGGCUACCCGGGCCGGCAGGGGCCGAAGGGCUCCAUCGGAUUCCCCGGCUUCCCUGGUGCCAAUGGCGAGAAGGGCGGCAGGGGGACACCUGGAAAGCCUGGACCACGGGGACAGCGAGGCCCGACGGGUCCACGGGGUGAGAGAGGCCCACGGGGUAUCACUGGGAAGCCCGGCCCCAAGGGCACCUCUGGAGGCGACGGCCCAGCCGGCCCCCCAGGUGAACGGGGACCCAAUGGACCCCAAGGACCCACAGGCUUUCCCGGGCCCAAGGGCCCCCCGGGUCCCCCAGGCAAAGACGGGCUCCCAGGACACCCAGGACAGAGAGGCGAGACGGGUUUCCAAGGCAAGACUGGCCCUCCAGGUCCCCCAGGCGUGGUCGGCCCCCAGGGUCCCACAGGAGAGACGGGGCCCAUGGGCGAGCGUGGCCACCCCGGGCCCCCCGGGCCCCCCGGGGAGCAGGGCCUCCCAGGCCUCGCGGGCAAAGAGGGGAGCAAGGGAGACCCAGGCCCUGCCGGCCUCCCUGGGAAGGACGGCCCCCCAGGACUCCGUGGCUUCCCUGGGGACCGUGGGCUUCCCGGCCCGGUGGGAGCUGUUGGACUGAAAGGCAGCGAAGGCCCCCCUGGCCCCCCAGGCCCAGCGGGCUCUCCGGGCGAGCGGGGCCCCGCUGGUGCGGCUGGGCCCAUCGGCAUUCCAGGGAGGCCUGGGCCCCAGGGGCCUCCCGGGCCAGCUGGAGAGAAAGGGGCUCCUGGUGAGAAAGGCCCACAAGGGCCUGCUGGCCGAGAUGGCCUCCAGGGCCCCGUGGGGCUCCCUGGCCCUGCCGGACCUGUGGGCCCCCCUGGAGAAGAUGGUGAUAAGGGGGAGAUUGGGGAGCCUGGACAGAAAGGAAGCAAGGGGGACAAAGGCGAACAGGGACCUCCUGGACCAACAGGGCCUCAGGGCCCCAUCGGACAGCCGGGCCCGUCGGGAGCUGAUGGUGAGCCAGGGCCACGCGGCCAGCAGGGCCUCUUCGGGCAGAAAGGAGACGAGGGACCUCGAGGCUUCCCUGGGCCCCCCGGGCCCGUGGGGCUGCAGGGUCUGCCGGGACCUCCAGGCGAGAAGGGAGAAACGGGCGACGUGGGCCAAAUGGGCCCUCCUGGUCCCCCUGGCCCCCGUGGACCCUCCGGAGCGCCAGGUGCUGACGGGCCACAAGGACCACCCGGCGGGAUAGGGAACCCUGGCGCCGUGGGAGAGAAGGGGGAGCCUGGCGAAGCUGGCGAGCCCGGCCUCCCGGGAGAAGGGGGCCCCCCGGGCCCCAAGGGCGAGCGAGGGGAGAAGGGCGAGGCUGGCCCAUCGGGUGCUGCUGGACCCCCUGGCCCCAAAGGCCCACCCGGGGAUGACGGCCCCAAAGGCAGCCCGGGCCCCGUCGGAUUUCCUGGGGAUCCCGGCCCCCCCGGAGAACCUGGCCCCGCGGGUCAGGACGGCCCCCCUGGUGACAAAGGAGACGAUGGUGAACCUGGACAGACGGGAUCCCCUGGCCCUACUGGUGAGCCUGGACCGUCGGGGCCUCCCGGAAAAAGGGGUCCCCCCGGCCCCGCAGGCCCUGAAGGCAGACAGGGAGAGAAGGGUGCUAAGGGAGAAGCCGGCUUGGAAGGCCCUCCUGGGAAGACUGGCCCCAUCGGCCCCCAGGGCGCCCCUGGGAAGCCGGGGCCCGACGGCCUGCGCGGGAUCCCGGGCCCUGUGGGUGAACAAGGUCUCCCGGGGUCACCAGGCCCUGACGGUCCCCCGGGCCCCAUGGGCCCCCCCGGCCUCCCCGGCCUCAAAGGCGAUUCUGGCCCCAAAGGUGAAAAGGGUCAUCCCGGCCUGAUCGGGCUCAUCGGACCUCCGGGGGAGCAGGGAGAGAAGGGUGACCGUGGUCUGCCCGGCCCCCAGGGCUCAUCGGGUCCGAAAGGAGAGCAGGGCAUCACUGGUCCCUCAGGCCCCAUCGGGCCGCCCGGCCCCCCUGGCCUGCCGGGCCCUCCCGGUCCCAAAGGUGCUAAGGGUUCCUCGGGCCCGACUGGUCCGAAGGGCGAGGCAGGCCAGCCAGGACCCCCCGGCCUGCCCGGCCCACCGGGCGAGGUCAUCCAGCCCUUGCCGAUCCAGGCGUCACGGACGCGGCGCAACAUCGACGCCAGCCAGCUGCUGGACGACGGGGCCGGCGACAACUACGUGGACUACGCCGACGGCAUGGAGGAGAUCUUCGGCUCACUCAACUCGCUCAAGCUGGAGGUGGAGCAGAUGCGACGGCCCCUGGGCACGCAGCAGAGCCCCGCGCGUACCUGCAAGGAUCUGCAGCUCUGUCACCCCGACUUCCCCGACGGUGAAUACUGGGUGGACCCCAACCAAGGGUGCCCCAGGGACUCCUUCAAGGUGUUCUGCAACUUCACGGCCGGGGGCUCCACCUGCGUCUUCCCUGACAAGAAGUCCGAGGGGGUGAGGAUCACCUCUUGGCCCAAGGAGAACCCCGGCUCCUGGUUCAGCGAAUUCAGGCGCGGGAAGCUGCUCUCCUACGUGGACGCCGAGGGCACCCCUGUUGGCGUGGUGCAGAUGACCUUCCUACGGCUGCUGAGUGCCUCCGCCCACCAGAACGUCACCUACAACUGCUACCAGUCAGUGGCCUGGCAGGACGCCGCCACGGGCAGCUACGACAAGGCCAUCCGCUUCCUGGGCUCCAACGACGAGGAAAUGUCCUAUGACAACAACCCUUACAUCCGCGCCCUGGUGGAUGGCUGUGCGACCAGGAAAGGCUACCAGAAGACAGUGCUGGAGAUCGACACCCCCAAGGUGGAGCAGGUGCCCAUCGUGGACAUCAUGUUCAAUGACUUCGGCGAAGCCACGCAGAAGUUUGGGUUUGAGGUGGGGCCGGCGUGCUUCAUGGGCUAGGAGCGCCACCGGCCCCAGACAGCAACCUCGUGACCUCAACACGUGCCCGCCCUCGGGAGCCCGGCCCCUCACCGCGCCCAGAGAGCCGAAUCACAUGACCUAGCCACACCGCAGCCUCCCGGGACGCACCCCACGCCUACGCCACGCAGCUUGCCCCGUCUGACGCGUGGUGGUGGACUGGCGGCUGCUGGAGUCUUUGGAUCUCACUUCCUUUCUAACUUGAAGAUGCGGAUUGUCCCCAACCCGCCCCACCUGUCCCCGAGGCGGGGCCCUGUGAGGUCCGCGGUGCCACCAAAGCCCCCAACUUGGUCCUCGGCGAUGGGGGGCCGGGGCCGUCCCCCGGGUGCCUGUUCCGAUGGACCCACGGUGCUUGUGUUUCUGUGAGUUUUAAGUAAAUAUUUGUAUUGUGUUGUUGUCCG